UAGGUUGGCAACCAUCCUCAGAAGGCCAGGUCGGCGGCGUGGUAGGCCCCGACCAGGGUAUCACCCGUCUUUGGCACUUUUUAUAGACACUACUAGAACUAUGAUUGAGCCAUCGAAGCGGCUACGGCGGGCCGUCCAUAGCAACGAUGCGCUACUUGUUCGACGCAUCGUCAAAUCACAUCCGGACCUGGUACACAACCCGGAUCACUCGGCCACCGGUCUUUCCAACUCGAGCCUCCAUCUUGCCGCGAGUCUCGGUCAUCUCCAGGUUUGCAAGGUUUUGGUAGCGCUUGGCCAUGAGCGUCCCACCCCCGCCCUCAAUGACGAUCAUCAGACCGCUUUGAUGCUAGCCGCAUCCGCCGGUCACACGGAAGUUGUUUUGUUCCUCUCCGAGACCGACCCACCUUCUAUCCUACGUCGUGAUAUACGGGGUAGAGAUGCUAUUAUGGAGGCCAGCAUGGGUGGUCAUGAUACCGCGCUACAGAUUCUUCUCACCUAUGUGCCAGGUGGCGCACAAAGCGCUGUUCGGAAUGCCGACCUCGAUGGGAAUACUGCCUUGCAUUUCGCUAGCAGUAACGGUAACCUCCUUGUUCUCCGAACCUUACUUGCCGCUGGGGCCGACCCGCAGAGAAGGAAUGUGUGGAGUUGGACCGCCGGUGCGUACAGUGCAACAGUACAGGCUGAUGUCUAUCUGAAAGGACUCGUAAAUGAAGUCGAGAAGCAAAGAAGGACCAAGACUGAACCCGAGGAGACCAAAAAGGGCGGCGCUGUCCGAAUGGUUCAAGAGGAGGUCAACGUCAUGGAUUGAAGCCGAGAUUAGGAAAGGCGGAAUUAUUCUCAGAGGCGAUGCGUGCUCGCUAGGCACCCGUCAAUGGCUUUUCACAUUUCCAAGAAAGUCUUCUUGGGCUUUAAUAUGGGUACUUGGCAUAUGCGUACUACCUAUAUGGAAAAAUCCUGUAAGCACUGUCUAUUCCCUAUCCAUUAUACAGUAAAGUUUUAGUUGUCUAGCAAACUUCUAUGUGGAUAUCCUGUCCCGACCUUGUGUCCACCCUAGAUUUAAGGUUAACAAACCAAUUCUAGGAAGGAAAAGAAAAAUCCAUAGCUAAAAGAGAUAGAAAACUCUCGGGCUCUUCAGAGGGAUACCGGCAUCGUGGGGUUGGAGGUAUACGCUUCCCCAUGCAUUGGCCACCGCAGAUGGUCUAGUUUGCUACACCUUACACCAUCUCAACGAGUCCACACUUAGCGUCCAUUGGGUUAAACCCGAGUUGGCCUAAUCAUGGAAUGUCGAAAGAUUUUGCAGAGCCGCAUUCUUGUUAAGACAACACCGUUACUCCUAUCUUAGGUCUAGGGGUCCAAGGGCCAACCCUGAGCUGGAACAUCAUCUACACGCAUUCCG